UGAAAGGCAGACAUAAAGAGAUAACACGGUGAGUAACCGAAACAGUAAAUACAAUUUUUAUAAGAGAGGAAUGUGACUAUAUACCUUGGAUAGAAAUCAAGCGAUAAAAAUAGUAAAAAAGUGAGAAGAGAGGGCGGGACAGAGAAAGUGAAUAGUGUUAGAGGGGGAGGAGAGCGGGAAUGACAUGUAUGUUGGCUGAAGCUUCAUCCUUCUCGUUUUUGAUGCCACGCAGCUUUACGUUUGAAGACAGAGCACACGUGGAGGGACCCUGGAUGCUCCUUGCCAACAUUUUGGGUGCUGAUACACGAGGCCAGAUGUCUUCUCUGAGUGGAAAAACUGUUAGCUGCGAGAAAACCCACAGAGAGAUGAAUCACAGUGGAUGAAAUAAUGUGUUUCCAUUGGCAAGAUUGGAGGACUAAAACUGCUGAAUCCUAAGAUACCUGCUUUCACCGGUUCCAGCAUGCACUGGGCAACAGACUUGGGAUUGAGAUUAAAUGCGAUCUGACAUAUUAACGGGAAACCAACGCUGGAAACACACUUCAACUUUACUAAUAGAAGCAUGAACACCUGGUCACCAUAACAGACAGCAUGGAUGAUCAAAGAUGUCUGUCAGCAGACUACAAGCAGCUUUUCUGAUACAAGCUUCCUGUUGGUUCACAAGGCAGCUUGUCUUACCAGUUAACAGCAAACAGCCAUUCGCCUAAGAUGAACCACAGCUGUGAAAGCACUGAAGAUCUCCGCACGUACCAGCACCGUGUGUAUGCAGUGGUGUACAGUGUGAUCUUAGCGCCAGGCCUCCUGGGUAACGUGCUGGCGCUCUGGGUGUUCAGGGUCUAUGUCAGAGAAACCAAGAAGGCUGUGGUGUUCAUGAUGAACCUGGCUAUGGCCGACCUGCUGCAGGUGCUCUCCCUGCCUCUGAGGAUCUACUACUACCUGAACAACACUUGGCCCUUUGGUCAUCAUCUAUGCAUGAUCUGCUUCUAUCUGAAGUAUGUCAACAUGUACGCCUCCAUCUACUUCCUGGUGUGUGUCAGCGUUCGUCGCUGUGAGCUUAUCAUGCGUCCGUUGAGGUGCAGCUCAUCCAGGCGAAAACGAGACAUGUUUAUCUGUGCCCUUGGCUGGCUGUUAGUCUUCCUGGGCUGUUUGCCCUUUCCUCUGCUAAGGAACUCCAGCAGUGAGCUAAACGCUAAUUCAAGUGACAGACACAGUGCCACUAUCCCUAGGCUGGUGUGUUUCUCAGAGCUGCCCAUGAGGGACGUCAGUAUUCCUGCAGCCUGGGCCCUCCUGAUCAUAGCAGAGCUGUUGGGAUUCAUCAUCCCACUCAUCCUAGUGUUAGCCUGCACCUGUCUGACUGCCGGGAGCCUUCGGGAGACGUCAGGGGGGGCAAUUCCUGACAGAGGGGAGAAGCGGAGGGCAUUACGGAUGGUGCUGAGCUGUGCUGUGGUCUUCCUACUGUGCUUUGCUCCUUACCAUAUCACUAUGCCCCUGGACUUCCUGGUUAAAGCCAAUGCCCUGGGCAGCUGCACCUUCACGGACCUGAUUCGGAGAUGUCACCCCGUCACGCUCUGCCUGGCCAGCCUGAACUGCAGCCUGGACCCUCUCAUGUACUAUUUCACAACUGAUGAAUUCUGGAGGCGACUGAGCAAGCCAGAGAUACCAGAGAGCAUAGGUUUCGGCAGGCGGCUGUCCUGUAUAGCCGGAGGAGAGGGCUUAGAGGAUGACUAGACUACAGUCAGUCUCUCGAAGCUCUCUUUCUGAAGAAGAAACAGUUUAAACUCAACCACUAAAGUCCUAUACAAACUAGGUAGAUUUAUUUGACAUGUAAAUAGUAUGUGAGAGUUUCAAAAUGUGAAAUUUUUCUAUUUAUAUAUUUCAAUAAAAGGCGUCUUUUUCUAAAUUUG